GCAGCGGCAUCCGCGGCCGGGACUGGGGCUCCGGGCGGUCCGGAGACACAGCGGCUCUGCUCCUUGAGCCCGGACGCUGACGUCUGGACCGCCUCGCCUCAGAGCGCGGUGUCCAAGUCUUCCGGCGCCUUGGCUGAGCGGAGCCGUGUGGCUGGGCGGAGCCCUGCGCGCCUUGUCCAGAGGCCCAGCGCACUAGAACGAGCAAGUGACAAUAAAGUUACUAUGAGUCUGCUAAACUGUGAAAACAGCUGUGGAGGCAGCCAGUCUGAAAGCGACUGCUGUGCCGUCAUGGCCAGCUCCUGCAGUGCCACUGCGAAAGAUGACAGCGUGACGGGGACUGCCAGCACGGGGAACCUCUCCAGCUCCUUUAUGGAAGAGAUCCAGGGAUAUGAUGUGGAGUUUGACCCACCCCUGGAAAGCAAGUACGAAUGUCCCAUCUGCUUAAUGGCAUUACGAGAACCCGUGCAAACACCAUGUGGCCACAGAUUCUGCAAAGCCUGCAUCAUAAAAUCGAUAAGGGAUGCAGGUCACAAGUGUCCAAUUGACAAUGAAAUACUGCUGGAAAAUCAACUAUUUCCUGACAAUUUUGCAAAACGAGAAAUUCUUUCUCUGACGGUGAAGUGUCCAAAUGAAGGUUGUUUGCACAAGAUGGAACUGAGGCAUCUUGAGGAUCAUCAAGCAUACUGUGAGUUUGCUCUUACAAAUUGUCCCCAAUGCCAACGUCCUUUCCAAAAAUGCGAAAUUAAUGUUCACAUUCUCAAGGAUUGUCCAAGGAGACAGGUUUCUUGUGCAAAUUGUGCUAAAUUGAUGGCAUUUGAAGAGAAAGAGAUCCAUGAUCAGAACUGUCCUUUGGCAAAUGUCAUCUGUGAAUACUGCAAUACCAUGCUCAUCAGAGAACAGAUGCCUAAUCAUUAUGAUCUGGACUGCCCUACAGCCCCAAUUCCAUGCACAUUCAGUACUUUUGGUUGUCAUGAUAAGAUGCAGAGGAAUCACUUGGCACGCCACCUCCAGGAGAACACCCAGUCACACAUGAGAAUGUUGGCCCAGGCUGUUCAUAGUUUAAGCCUUGCUUUAACUCCCAUUCCUCAGCGAGAUGCGUUUCCAUGUGAUCUUGCCUCUCCGCCUCGAAUUCCCUCACAGGAUUUCCAGGAAACCAUUCACCAAUUAGAGGGUCGCCUUGUAAGACAAGAUCAUCAAAUCCGGGAGCUAACUGCUAAAAUGGAAACUCAGAGCAUGUAUGUAAGUGAGCUCAAACGGAGUAUUCGAUCCCUUGAGGACAAAGUUGCUGAAAUUGAAGCACAGCAGUGCAAUGGGAUUUACAUAUGGAAGAUUGGCAACUUUGGGAUGCACUUGAAAUCUCAAGAAGAAGAGAGACCUGUUGUCAUUCACAGCCCUGGAUUCUACACAGGCAAACCCGGGUACAAGCUCUGCAUGCGCUUGCACCUUCAGUUACCAACUGCUCAGCGCUGUGCAAACUACAUAUCCCUGUUUGUCCACACAAUGCAAGGAGAGUAUGACAGCCACCUCCCUUGGCCCUUUCAGGGUACCAUACGCCUUACGAUUCUUGAUCAGUCUGAAGCACCCAUAAGACAAAACCACGAAGAAAUAAUGGAUGCCAAACCAGAGCUGCUUGCCUUCCAGCGACCCACAAUCCCACGGAACCCAAAAGGUUUUGGCUAUGUAACUUUUAUGCAUCUAGAAGCCCUAAAACAGAGAACCUUCAUUAAGGAUGACACAUUAUUAGUACGCUGUGAGGUCACUACCCGCUUUGACAUGGGUAGCCUUCGGAGGGAGGGUUUUCAGCCACGAAGUACUGAUACAGGGAUAUAGCAUUCUUUCAUUAUUUUAUUAAAAAAAAAAAAACAAACCUAUCUAGAGAAACAGUGCCCUUUGUGCUGUUCCCAAUAAUAAUAUGCAAGCCAGAAAAGCAAAGGGCAAAGCAAGAUGGCACACCCACUAGUGAAUGUAGUUGAAGAAGUCACCUACCACUUCUUCCUGUUACAAAUGCACCUGAGGGUGUUUUUACUUUGGAUUCUACACGGUCAGUGCGUCUUCAAAAAUGUUAUGCUUCAAGUGCCUGUGGCAUGUUUCAGCAGCUGUUUUGUCAGUUAGGAUACCUCAUUGCUAUACUUCAUGGACUUUUGCUCUAAUGUAUUUUAUUGUCAGAAAGCCCGGAGUACUGUAGUUCAAGCCUUUAAUAAUAAUGGACUUUCCUGAAAACUACAGGUUAUUUUUAUACUGAUAUAUGUAAUAUAUUAAAUGUGAGAAUCACUACUGUCUUGUGCGGGUGCCAGCAAGAAGAAUUAUUGCUCUAGAGAGUUGAGUUCUCAUUUUAUUUGAACUAUAAUCCUUGGAAAUCUCAAGUUCUCAUUUACUCCAUUUUUUUUUUUUCCAGGUGGUUAGUAAGGUUGUUCAAGGACUAGUUUAAACCCUAAACAUAACCUUCCUUAUUUAGCAUAAACAUUAUGUGUUGAAUAAUACUUAACUGUUUCAUUCUGCCUCGCUUCACCUAUCUCCUUGGGGCCACAGAAUAGCAUCUUCUUCAGAGUUUAUGAUGCUGAGAACCAUGUGGAUACUAGCUGCUCGUGUUAUGCUAUAUGACCCUUUUUGUCUAUUCAUCUAUUCAUUGGAAAGUGAAUUUCACAGCACUGCAUAUGUCUUUACUUGUUUAAUGCUUAAGGGACAAGAGAAUGUACACAUAAAAUCUCCAACAUAAAAAUUAAGUGACUCAGCUAGUAAACUAGUGUCACUACAUUGGUGAUGGGAAAUGUUCGGUGUGAGCCGGAAAUGUUCAGCUCUUUUGAAUACCCCUUUGUUUAGUUAAAUGGGACAAAGUUGAUUUCCCCCAAACAGAAUUUCUUACAACUUUGGUAGGUCAUUGGAGGUACCUGAGAGGUCACCAAACUAAGGUUGGAAGUCAUAGUGGUUGAAACACAACUUGGCUGGAGUAGGUUGCUUCAGUCCAGCAAUUCUCAGGUGCAUCUGUCCUAUGGGAUGUAUUGAAAUGGCCAGAUGUUCCUUUCCUAACCGAUGAUUUAGUUCUGUUUUAUGUAUGUGCAUAUAAUGGCACAGAAGGACUGUAGAUGUGUAGUGGAAUCCAGUUCUCAGGGAACCCCACAACUACUAUAGGCUCUUACUAAGGAUCUAAGGAUCUAGCCACCUUUAGAUUUACUCAAGAUUACUUAAAGUCUGAUAAUGAGAGAUGGUAUUGUGUCUCCAGAGAGGCCAAAUCAGAAUCCCUGAGUAGUGUUCAAGACCAGCCCUAAUUUCCAAAGAAAGCUGAAAGAUCUUUCUUUGGAAAGAGAAGAGUCUUCUUCUUCGGAGAAGAGUCUGGGUUUUGGUUCCAGGCAGCCCCAGCAAGUGUCACUUAGAACUUUCCCUUUGCUUUUCUCUGUACGCUCCCUCCCCACCUCACUGUUAGGCUCCUGCUUUGCUGAGUUUGUUACAGAGUGAAAAUAAAAGUCAAGCAGAGACCUCUUUUGCCUGUGCCACGUUUAGUGUCAUAGGCUCAGGGCUGGUCACCAGUUUAUUCCCUGGCAGUGUGUCCUUUAGCUACGCUUUCCAACUAACUCCUGAGAAUCAUUGCAACACCACCCUUUAGGUAGGGAAACCUGUACUUCUGCUGUUCCUGUCAUUGUUUUUUUAAUGAAUAAAUAAUUGUCGAGUUCCAUUUAAAAAGUAAAGAGUUACUUUUAUACCUAGAAAAAGCCUUAAGGAAAUUAACUAAACUUUUUGAUGGCUUAUUUUCUUCUUUCUUAUAUUUUUGACAUUUUCUCCAAUAAACAUGUACUUUUAUCAGAGAAAAGAAAUUAACUGUUGCCACAAAACGUUCAGCCUUCCUCCUGCCCUCCUCCCCUGAAAGGAAAUGAUAUUUAAAAGCUUCCUGGUCAAAUUGCUAUUAAAAGCAUGGCUGUGCAUUAGCUACUAAGAGGAGUCAUUUCCUGCCUUGGUUAUAUUCUUUUUUCCACUAACUCAGGAGUCCUAAUCAAAAUAAAAACAGUUUUUUGCCUAACUUCAACUUUUCUUAAAGUUUUCCAUGUGUAAAAGUAAGUUGAACUAGAUAUUUCUGUGGUCCCCUCCAGCCAUAAAAUUCUGUCUUAAGAAAUUAAGUUCUAACCAGCAGAACAAACACACUCAUUCAAUGGUUUUGCCAGAAAAAAAUGCCUUUAAUUUACUCUUUGCUGACACUGAUAAUUUACUUCAAAUGAAUGUUCAUUAUUUGGGUCACAUCUUAAUUUAAAUAAGCAAUUUUUUAACCCCCAACAUUUAGCAUUUUGUAACAGACCAACCAGUUGUUUUAUACUGGUUAUUGUGUAUAUAGAGUAGAAAUAAGGGUCAAGCUGUCAUUCCAAAUAGAAAACUUCUAAGACUUAAACUCAGAGUCAUGUCUUAACCUGGAAAGCCGGAUUCUUCCUUAUAUUUAUCAAAUGUCCUACUCUAUUCUUUAAAUAUGCAGUUUCACCUAGUUGGUUUGUAAGCAUUUGGGCUGUGUAUUUAUAUUUUAUUAACCACCUUUCAACAUGUUCAUCUUUUGACAUCAUUCAGGGACACUGCCAAAAUUUUUAUUGUUUUCCCUUUUUCUGGAGAUGUCCAACACAAUGUUGGAUGAAACUUAUUGCAAGUCAUACGUUUUGCUAUUGGCAAACAAGUCUGGAUGUUGACUUGUAGUUUAUUAGUAUACUUUUUUUUUGGAGGCAGAGUCCUACUAUGACACUCUCAGUAGAGUGCUAUGGCGUCACAGCUCACAGCAACCUCAGACUCUUGCCUCAGCCUCCCUAGUAGCUGGGACUACAGGUGCCCGCCACAAUGCCCACCUAUUUUUUUUUUGUUUGUUUGUUUGCAGUUGUCAUUGUUGUUUUAGCAGGCCCAGGCCAGGCUUGAACCUGCCAGCUUCAGCUUCAGUGUAUGUGGCUGGCACCCUACUCCCUGAACUACAGAUGCCAAGCCGGUUAAUUACUUUACUUUGACACCACUGACAGUCUUUGACAUACUACAGUAUAACUCAACUUUUAUUUUUGGUAUAAAUAGUAGAAAGAAAAUAAAACCAAGGUGGAUUUUUUUACCCUAAAGAUGGACUUAUGGGUGGCUCCUGUGGCUCAAGGAGUAGGGCACCGGUCCCAUAUGCCGGAGGUGGUGGGUUCAAACCUAGCCCCGGACAAAAACCACAAAAAAAAAAAAAAAAGAUGGACUUUAUAUAGAGAUGUUGGAUGACCUCUAGCAAUUAAUUUUUGUGACUGGUAUAAAAUUAAGUUCUCCAUUACUGUUUUCAUGCCAACAAGUCUUAAACUAAGAGCAUGCUUAUGAAUUGUGCAUGCAGUUAGAAUGCAUCUUUUUUACGGAAGAGCAAUUGUCAUUCCUUUAUCCAGGGAAUCCUCCACUUUCUGGUGACCUCAACACACUUCAAAUGACUAGAUUUUUCUAAUUUACAACCUUAAAGUACUUUUCUUCCAUUCGGCUACUAAUACUGCUGUUUUCUCGGCUUGCCUCAAUUGCAUUCUCACUCAUUGUUUUAUAUAAAAUACUAUUAGGUGUUUUUUGUGAUGCCUAGUUCCAUAGAACCUAAGCAUCGCCAUUAGGAAAUGAAAAAGGAACUAUAAAUAAUUGUAUUUUUCUUUUGAAACAUGUUUUUUUUAAAUUUUCAGAAUCAUGAUAGAAUGUAGUUAGUUUCAGAGUUGCUAUGGUGUCUAUCGAAUGGAGUUGGCACUUCCAAAUUUCCAAUAUCCCGAAAGAUGAUGUGAUAAAAUCAGAUUGGAUGGAUCUUGGCAGACUGUAACACUCUAUUAUAGCCUGUACUUCUAGUCAAUGACAAACACUUGCAAGGAGAUACCUAAAUUUUUUUUCACUGAAUGUCACCCAUGUCCUUAAUGUUUUAGCGCUUUUCCUCCCACAAAAUCCAGCUUAUUAUAAAAUUCUGGAAAAUAUUUCUAGAUGGGCAAAUCCUCUCUCAAAGUGCUUUCUCAGCAGGACCCUGGCCCUGUCCUUGAAGACAAGAGGGAAGGUGGGGUGUACUUCUCUACUCUUGAGGUUUACAGCUCUAAAUGUAGGUGCUUUCUUACUCUUGGAAAAUCUGCAAAGCAGAACUAUAGUUCUUUCUCUUCUACACUAGCCCCCAGGAGAUGGUAAACUGUGUGUGGUAGAGAGAGGUGUUCCCAUCACUGCUGAGUCCCCUGUACUUAGCCUGGUGCCUGGCACAUAAUACAUAUUCCAUAUGUAACAAUGAACAUUUAAUGAAAGCAGUGAUUGAACCUGACCGAUUUCUGGUAGCUUAUUUGUUGUAUAAAUUUUAGGUGGUAAAGCAUGUUACUUCUUUUGCUUUUUUUCCUUGGCACUUUAUGAAAUUUCCCAAACAUGCUGAAAUGUUGAAAAACUUGUAUAAUAAACAUCUACUACCUAGCAUCUGCAAUAACCUUUUGUUACAUUUGCUUUAUCACUUAAUAUAUUGUUACUUCUACUGAGACUUCAACCUUGGUUUCUUUUUAAAAAUCUCACUCCUAACAUAACUGAAUAACUUUAAUCAAGUUGUCUUAAAUUCUUUGGGGAAACUUGUGAUAUUUAUGUUGUAACUGGAAUUGUAGUUCUCACUUUAAAUUUCUGUACAUGUGGUAUGCUGAAUUUUAAUCUUAUUUAUUUUGCCUGAAAUUUUUUUAUAAUGGAUUUAUUUGAAAGUCCUUGAACAAUUAUGCAGAAUGUUCCGAUGUUAUUUUCAUACUUGAUAAAUUGUCCAAUUAAUUUCUCUGUUGAGAAUAUAAUUUGGGACCCAUUUUGCUUAUAUAAGAUUCAGGGAUUAUGUUCCCAGAGGGCUGAAGAUUAAUAAAUUGUGGUACAUGUACACCAUGGAAUAUUAUGCAGCCUUAAAGAAAGCUGGAGACUUUACCUCUUUCAUGUUUACAUGGAUGGAGCUGGAACAUAUUCUUCUUAGUAAAGUAUCUCAAGAAUGGAAGAAAAAGUAUCCAAUGUACUCAGCCCUACUAUGAAACUAAUUUAGGGUUUUCACAUGAAAGCUAUA